GGGCGGAGGCUUUGCCAGGAGGAAUCCGCCAGGUCUGCGCUCGCAGCCGGCUCCCAGCCCAGCCCGGGCCCCGCUCCGCUCCCGCAGCCCAGCCCCGGCGGCCCCUAUGAUGGGCUCGGUGCUGCCCGCGGAAGCCCUGGUUCUCAAGACGGGGCUGAAGCCGCCGGGGCUGUCCCUGGCCGAGGUGAUCACGUCGGACAUCCUGCACAGCUUCCUCUACGGCCGCUGGAGGAACGUGCUGGGCGAGCAGCUCUUCGAGGAGAAGAGCGGCCACGGCAACCCCAAGACCGCCUUCACGGCCGAGGUGCUGGCGCAGAGCUUCUCCGGGGAGGUGCAGAAGCUGUCCAGCCUGGUGCUGCCGUCCGAGGUGAUCAUCGCGCAGAGCUCCAUCCCCGGCGAGGGGCUCGGCAUCUUCUCCAAGACCUGGAUCAAAGCCGGCACCGAGAUGGGGCCUUUCACCGGCCGGGUCAUCUCGCCCGAGCACGUGGACCUGUGCAAGAAUAACAACCUCAUGUGGGAGGUCUUCAAUGAAGACGGCACCGUCCGCUACUUCAUUGAUGCCAGCCAGGAAGACCACCGUAGCUGGAUGACCUAUAUCAAGUGUGCCAGGAACGAGCAAGAGCAGAACUUGGAGGUGGUCCAGAUUGGGAACAGCAUAUUCUACAAGGCCAUUGAGAUGAUUCCUCCGGACCAAGAGCUGCUGGUCUGGUAUGGGAACUCGCACAACACCUUCCUGGGGAUCCCUGGCGUGCCCGGCUUGGAGGAAGAGCAGAAGAAGAAUAAGCAUGAGGACUUCCACGCGGUGGACAGCGGGGCCAGCACGACGGGGCGCAUGCGCUGUGUGAUCUGCCACCGCGGCUUCAACUCCCGCAGCAACUUGCGCUCCCACAUGCGCAUCCACACGCUGGACAAGCCCUUCGUCUGCCGCUUCUGCAACCGGCGCUUCAGCCAGUCCUCCACCCUCCGCAACCACGUCCGCCUGCACACCGGCGAGCGCCCCUACAAAUGCCAGGUCUGCCAAAGUGCCUACUCCCAGCUCGCCGGGCUCCGGGCCCACCAGAAGAGUGCCAGGCACCGGCCCCCCAAUGCCUCCCUGCAGUCGCACUCCCCGGCCUUACCCGUGCCCCACCCGGCCUCCUUGGCCCAUCACAUACCCACCAUGGUGCUGUGAGCCCCCGCUGAUGGCCAGGUUUGGGGCAGCUCUUGCCAGCUGCCGGAGACUGGUACGGAGGGGUUGUCGAUGAGCUGUUUGGCAUCAGCCCUUGGGGGCAGGGCUGGCAGUGGGGAGAGCAGGGGCAGGGCGGGCGUGCUGGUGACGCUGCGUGCUGAUGGAGGGGCCCCUCCCUUGAAGCAUUGCUCUUUUCGUGUGGCUUCCGUGUGAUGUGUCACUGGGACAAAAUCACCCCAGCCCCUUGGUCCCAUCAGCACGUCUCCUCUCACUGGUCUCUCCUGGGCAGAGGGAGCUAAGUCUCCGGACAAGGAGGAGGCUUGGGGGCUCUCUUUGUUGCCCAUUAGGCAGCGAGUGGCACAGAGGAGUGUGGCAGGGUUAAUAUGUUGAGGACUGAGACUUGGAGCAGAAGUGGGUGGGUAGAGUCAAAAGGCAGGUUUCUGGGUUCCCCACCCCCCUCCAGGUUUUGAAUUCAUGCAGUGGGAGGAAGGGAAGAAAAAUUCCCAUUUCCUUUCCUUCCCCUCCACUCAAGACAAUGCUAACAGGAGGCCCCACUCCCAUCGCCCGAGCUGGCACGGUUCUGCUGGGGUUCUUGCAGCCGUACCUGCUUCAACACGUGAUAGCUUUGGCCUUAACGCUGUGCCCACACUGGAGAACCCCAGUUCCAGCAUGAGCAAUGCUGGGCAGCUUCCUUUCCACCGAGGCUCUGCAGCGAGGACUGAUUUGUGCCUCCUGCCAGGCAAGCUAGAACGUCCCCCUGCCAGGUCAGCGCCGCCGGGGAUGCUCUGCUGUGUCUGGGGGGUGGGAAACCUUCCCAGAGACUUCAACCCAGCCUCCAGAAUCAUGCCCCCAGCUUUUCCAGUCAACUCUGCACAUGUGAAAUCAGGCAGACGGUGCCCAGGGCUGAGGGUCUGCCCAGGCAGGUGCAGCGCCAGUCCCUUGGUAAAAGAUUUGCCCAGCAGUGCUCUCAGGAAAUGCAACGCCUGUGUUUUGCCAAGAGCACUGGUGCAGCUCCCACAUGGGAUGUUUUCGGGUGGAGGCACCUCCAGCGGGCACGGCUCCCCUUGCCCAGGGUGCAAGCCCUUCAUCUGCACACACACGCCUGGUCUUGCUUCUCCUUCAGCUCCUCAGCUCUUCCCCACCCCUCCACGCUGGUCCUUCAGCAGACCCUUCUUUUCCUUAGGGACCAUUGAAACUGUUCCCUCCACUGCCCUCUGGAGACCAGAGAGAAACCCAUCCUUUGGGCAAGUCCCAACCCGAACGCAGUCUGAAGCGCCUCCUGGAGGCCUGCCGCAGUCACGAACCCAGGCAAAGAGGGGGAUUUGUAAAAUAACGUGGAAGAGAAGCUAUUAUAAUAUUAAUUCUAAGUAUGAGAUGUAUAGAGUUUUCACAAACUGUGUUUUACUUCCAGAAAACAACUGUCACUUUAACUUUGUACAUAUUUAUGUAAAACAUUAUUUACAAAACUUUGAUAUUAUAUAUUAUUUGAUUGUAUAUGUACACAGCUGUAAAUACCUUUGUACCACGCUCUCUCUUGUAU